GUGUCAUGCCCAGCAACGUCGAAAGGCCAUGUUCUCGAAUGCGCUUACGCAUGUUGUCCUUCAUUUGAGGGAGCUGAUCAGUCACUUGAUCAACAGUUAAGCGUGGUUUUAAGACAUUAUUUCCAGGGAUAUUACUGCUGUGGACCUGACGAGGUACAGCGAGCGGAUAGCGGCCAUACACGAGCUGAACGAUUCAUAGCAUAUGGCAGUACAUUCCAAAUCGAUUACACUUUACUCAUCAUCGGCUUGAUCGUCUCUAUUGUUCUGUCUAUACUUCUUUCAUUCUUCUGCUGUCUUCUUUGCAAUGGAUGCUGGCUACAUCGUCGACGAAAUCCACAUCUUUAUGAAACUGUAAAUGAAAGCGGCUGGUACCCAAUUUGCUGCGGAUUCGGAAUACCGAUGGGUACGGUGGUCUUCUCUACACAUCCACCACAUUAUCGAGAUGACAGCGAAAUGUAUCACGGAUCAUCGACAUCCAGUUUACCGUCAUCGAAACAGAGGUAG